UGGCGCCUCGUCUCCUCAGCGCCGGCGGGAGCUCCGGCGGCGCCGCCUCACGGUGCGCGGGGAGCCGCGGAUGACUGUGCAAAGCUCCAGCGGGGCACGGCGCGGAAUUGGGUCAGCACCGCCGUCAUCGCGGACGUCUGGAAGAUUGUGCCAAGGAAUAAGCCAAGGAAAAGCUUUUUGUAUCCUAGCAUGGCAAAUGAAGAAGAUGAUCCAAUUAUACAAGAGAUCGAUGUGUUCCUGGCCAGAAGUCUGCUGGAGAAGUUGUAUUUGUUUCAGUAUCCAAUUCGUCCAGCUUCUAUGACAUAUGAUGAUGUUACACAUUUAUCAGCGAAGAUAAAACCAAAGCAGCAAAAGGUUGAACUGGAAAUGGCCAUUGACACUUUGAAUCCGAACUACUGUCGCAGCAAAGGAGAACAGAUUGCUCUCAAUGUGGAUGGCACUUGUACAGAUGAAACAAAUACCUAUUCCUCGAAGCUGAUGGACAAACAAACUUUCUGCUCUUCACAAGCUGCAAGUAAUGUUUCCCGCUAUGCAGCUGCUGUUUAUAGAAAAGGUGAACUUCACCUGACUCCACUGCAUGGAAUUCUUCAGCUGAGGCCAAGUUUCACCUACUUGGACAAAGCUGAUGCAAAACACCGCGAAAGAGAAGCUGCUAAUGAAGGUGGUGAUUCAUCCCAGGAUGAAGCUGAAGAUGACGUUAAGCAAAUUACUGUACGGUUUUCCCGCCCUGAGACUGAGCAAGCUCGUCAGAGACGUGUCCAGUCUUAUGAAUUCCUGCAGAAGAGACAAGCAGAAGAGCACUGGGUUCAUCUCCAUUAUUAUGGCUUGAAGGAUAGCCGUUCAGAACACGAGCGCCAGUAUUUAUUCAGCCAAGGUCACGGCCUCGCUGAGAAUACGGAAUUAAUAAAAUCUCCCAGUGAAUAUUUAAUGAUGCUCAUGCCUCCAAGCGUAGAGGAAGAGAAUAGCAAACCAGUGGCUCCAAGCAAUGUGCUUUCUAUGGCCCAGCUGAGAACUUUACCCCUUGCUGAUCAGAUCAAGAUCCUGAUGAAGAACGUGAAGGUGAUGCCAUUUGCGAAUCUGAUGAGUUUGCUAGGCUCUGGGACAGACUCUACAGCAGUUCUCCGCUGCAUACAGCAGGUGGCGAUGCUGGUCCAAGGAAACUGGGUGGUGAAGAGCGACGUGCUCUACCCUAAAGACACUUCCAGUCCGCAUAGUGGAGUCCCUGCAGAAGUGCUUUGUAGAGGGAGAGACUUUGUUAUGUGGAAGUUCACACAGGACCGCUGGGUUGUACGAAAGGAAGUGGCGACAGUUACAAAACUUUGCCCUGAAGAUGUGAAAGACUUCCUAGAGCACAUGUCUGUGGCAAGAAUAAACAAAGGUUGGGAGUUCAUGCUCCCUUAUGAUGAAGACUUUGUUAAGAAGCAUCCAGAUAUAGUUCAGAGGCAACGUAUGCUGUGGAUGGGCAUUCAGGCCAAAUUAGAAAAAGUCUAUAAUCUUGUAAAGGAACACUUGACACCAAAGAAACAAGAGUCACAAUCAGGCCAUCCAUUGCUGGUUUCUGGGGAGCAAAGAGUCAACAUGGCAAAAGCAAAAGUCAAGCAGAAUUAUGGGCAGCUAGAGAAGGAGUUCCAGAAGCAAAAGGCGGAACUGAAAUCAAAUGACACUUCAUCCAAGAUAGACGUUUCCAAUAUCCACAUUAAAGAGGAGCCUGUGAGUGAUGAGGAGCCCAUGGACACCUCGGUGUAUGAAGGCCUGAACAACGGCAUCGUCAACGGCCUCCACGCAGAGGAGGACUCCACAGACUCCCUAAAUGGCCACUUGCCUGGAGGCUGCAGCGAUCGGGUAGCCCAAGAACUGAAGGCAUUUGUGUCCUCAACGUUUAAGAAACAAUUUGUGCUCACCUUGAGUGAGCUUAAACGGUUGUUUAACCUUCAUUUAGCCAGUCUGCCUCCAGGACAUAUAUUGUUCAGUGGCAUUUCAGACAAAAUGUUACAGGACAUGGUGUUAGACAUUGGCUGCAAACAGAUUUUGGUGCCUUUUCCUCCACAGACUGCUGCUUCACCAGAUGAGCUAAAGGUUUAUGCACUUUGGGAAGCCGGUGACAUUUAUGAUCAGCAUCGCCAAGUUUUGCUUGAAAUUUUUUCGAAAAAUUAUCGAGUGCGCAGAAAUGUCAUUCAGAAUCAGCUGAGUCAAGACCUCAACAAGCAGGAGGUGGAUAGAGUGCUAAAGGACUGCUGUGUGAGCUAUGGUGGAAUGUGGUAUCUUAAAGGGACUGUGCAGUCUUGACGGCAGCUGUGGCGGUUUCUGUGCUUCAAAUGCUCUCCUGGAUGAAAGAGGAAACCUGCGGUGGGCGGCACAGACAGUAAUGCUGUGGCCUCAGGAGUGUGGGGCAGGAGCUGACCUACUUUGGGGCAUGUGGCAUUGCAGACAGUCACUGACAUCACAGCACACUCACACAUAUGUUUGCAUGGCCGCCUGGGUGCAGAGAGCAACUAGGAAGACAACACGGGACCCUGUCUGCAGUUUGAUUAGUCUGGGAUUUCUAAUGUAUUUUGCUUCUCCUUCUCUUUCCUUAUAGUAAAAUAAAAACCAUAUACUGACACAGACAUGAUGGAAAAUCAUGGUCUAAUAUUUUAUUUUGUAAGUAAGUGAUGCCAAUAAAUUAAAUUUGUUUACAAACAUCCCAGGUUUUGUUAAAUACCUAGAUGCUCAUGCAUUAGUCUGAGCAUUACAACAGCCCUUCCUUACAACAAGGGUAGUGAUGUUCAUGGGCACAUCAGGGCAGGGAGGGGGGGAUACAAAAUCACUGUCUUUAAACAUUGUAUGACAUAGCAACUGUUCUCACCUGGUGUCUGUAAAAUGAACUGUCUGAAAAAGUACUUACACUUGAAAUAGAUGUGGAACAACUACUGGAUGUCUUAUUGAUGUGGGUUUUGGUUGAUGGAGUUUUUGCCUUACUGUGUGCAAAGGUAAGUGCACCAUGUCCAAGGCAUCCAGCUGCAGUUAUCACACUUGGCAACAAUGUAAAACCUCUAUUUUGUGUAACUUUUUUAAAAAUAAAAUUUUAUCUUGAAGGUCAGCUGUGGCAUCCUGCUGUACUCUGCCUCGUAUUUGCCCAGGAAGAAAUGGAAAUGAUCUUUGCUCCUUUUUGAGCCCAAAGGCUUACAGAGGAAGGAAAGGUAAAGAAUAUUUGCAGAUGUUUGAGGUAGAUGACAGACUGCCUCUUGACUUGCUGUACUUUUCUACUUGCAUCACAUUUUUUAGGACAGUUGUCAAGCUGCAGCCUGUUGCUCAAGAAAUGAUAACUGAGCUGCUUCUGUUCUAUGUUUGUCACUCAAGCUUCACAGCAGUGAGGUAAGGAACACCCCACUGGCAGCUUUAGAGCAGUUACUGUUCAUGGGUUUUGUUUUCUGUAAUUUCCAUCAUAUGAGAAGCUCAAGUAGAUUCUAUUAAUUUCAUCUACUUAUGCUUAGAAAGGGCUAGGUUUUUUUUUGUUUUUUUUGGUUUUUUUUUACUAAAACAAGCAGAUUAAGAUUGGCCUAAGAGUAGCGUGCCAUACUUAGAGCAUUUUGAACUUCUGUGGAAAGUACUUAUUUCUAAACUGCUAAAACUCUACCUUAACUCAUACACUGAGUUUAUUCACUACUGUAAUCAGGCAGUGUUCAAGUUCAGGCAGCUUUUGCAACCUUUGUGCUGGGUGUCCCCAUUGCUGUCGCUUACCUAGCAUGACCCUGUUGCUGUAGCAUUGCCUACAGCUGUGUCCAUAAAGCUUAUCCCUGAGAAAGCCACAGUCUGAGAGAGGUUAUAAAACAGCAGAGCCUUGAAGGUUUUUAUUACAGGGUAUGUACAGUUAAGUGUUAAAGCACACUACAGUACAGCCAGAGCUUAACAAUGGCACAGGUGGUCAAAGGCAGGUUAUGCUACAGAAGAUUUCUGUGGAAAUCUGAGAACAUUCUGGAUAUUUUAAAGGGUAAAAAAUACAUAGAAAGUGCCCUGUUAACCAACAGUAUUAAACCACUGAAGAUCACAUAUUUAAUAAGAAAUUCUAAAGUUGUUUCUACACAACUUCUGGUCCCACGGGUGUGGAUCCCCCACUCCCCAAAGUGAAUAGCAUUAGUAAUAGAGUGCUUGUGACAGCCAGAACACUUAUCUAAAGUUACUGCUUUGCAGUAGAAAGCCUUUAGAUAAUGACAAUCCAAUUGCUAGGGAAGCAGUGACAAUGGCAGAACAGCAGCUCUCCUGCCUUCCCACCCCUCCAACACCCUUUUUGGAACAACACUGACAAACACCACAAGAGAGAAACAAGAAACUACUUCAUUGCCUCUGGCCUUCUAGCACAGACAGGCCUAUUCUUUUCUACUUAGUGUAACUUUUUUAGAAUAAAAAUUUAAUGGGAACUCCAUCUGAGCUAUGUAGUAUAGACCAGAUAAUGCAGCUGCCAUCUGCACAGUUUACUGUUUCAAGAUAAGCACAGAUAGGCAUAAUUACUAGUUACACGUGGAGCUUGACUGGCUUAUUUAUUUGCUUAGAAAAAUAUUUACAACAUUCGGAUUCCCAUUUUUAAAUAGUUCUUAAGAAUGCAAUACAUAUUUUUGAGAAAUUCCCACAAUAUGGAGUCUUAAUACUGCAAAUGAAGGACAACUAUACACAAGCUUAACAGGAUAAAUAAGGCAGACAACUGUAAUAGCAGCAGUUGAACUAAAGCUGAGAAAUUGUCAACACUCUUCCAGCUGUUUGGUAUAUUGCAGCAACUCAGACAGGCAAUAAGGAAGUUCCCAAGAAGAGCUAACCAAAUUAAGCUAUGAGACCCUGUGUAAGAAGGAUGUCACCUUUCCUGGUGCCUUCUUUCUCCUUAAUUGCUUAGCCUUUGUUUUUCAUUCUUCACACUUCAAAGCAGUUCUAAAGAAUGUACUUCUGCAUGUUUGUUUUUCAGAAUUUGAAUACCUAUGAGCUAUUAUUAGGGAGUGGAGAAGGAAAGUAUGAACAGGAACACAGCCCCACAUUUUCAGUAGGAUAUGUUCCAGCAGUCUUGCAUCCAGCCUCCCACCACCCCAUAGGCAGCAUGGAACAGAUUCACUGAAGCUGAUAGUGGAAGCAAUAGGCAAACCUGUAAGAUAAGGCUUUACCUGACCCAUCUCCUUCAAGUGCUUGGAGUUUGUGGUAUGUGAGCUUAAACGCUAUCUCACUGUAUCAAUUCUACUGCUAAAGUUAAAUGACUAAAUUGCAACUUUGUCUUGCCAAAUACACACUAGUAGGUACUUUGUUGGCCUCCCAUAAAAAAAAAAAA